AUCUUUAAAAUUAUCUUAACCACUUUUGCGGGCACUGUAUUAUUUUAUAUUUUAACCAUCACCUCCUUUUUAAACCUAAAAAAAUUAUAUCUAGACAAACAUACCUACAACUAGAGCAGAAAUCGGACACGCGCAGAAAAAUAAAAAGUAAGGGGAAAAAACUGUGCAUCAACCAGCUCAACCCAAACUCAUUUAUCCAUAGUUCUCGUAAUAUAAGUAAUGGACAACCUUUCGGAAAGACACAAACCACAAAACAAAACCUGGCAAAUGGGCACAACCAUGCAGUUACGGUUAUGGUCAAAAGAAGAAAACAUGGUAUUCUAUGCCAGUUUUGCGCGCAACAUCUUGGUCAAAGAAGGGACAGGCCUACACUUGAAUCGAGGUAUCCUUGAUAUGAAUUCGCUUCAGCUUGUGCUCCGAGAACUCGAAUUAGGUCCAGGCAACGGAACGCUGAUUGAAGAACUUGAAGAGACAUAUCCUGGCGGUAUCUGGUGGGAAAUGGUACUCUACUUGGUUGAUUUGCAGGGGCGGCUGAACAACCACACGGUAUACGAAGUCAACUACAAAAAACUCAAAGCUGUCGAGUCGCUUAUUAUGCCGCUAAAUAGUAUUUUCCACCGCCAAGUAAUGCCGUUGUAUAUGAUAAAGUGCCAAAAAUCCACUCACCCACUGACAGCUUCUAUCAUGCGUUUUUGCGACUUUUAUAGCGGUACCUUUGAAAAGAUAGGCACUGUCGAACUAAAAUGGAAUAGUUUCAUUGACUGCUUUAUGCAAACGAUGGUAAACAUUCACGGCAUCUCUAUGGUAACAUUUUUAGAGACCUGCAAGGAAAACAUUGAAAUGGCUUCAACCCCUUGCUGCCAGAGCGACAAACUGGUUGUGGAAAUGGAGCGUUUGGCCAUUACCUCCCAAAAAUAACACAUCACAUAAAAAUAUUUAACCAUUGUUAAUAAAAUUUAAAUGUUAAAUGUUAAAUCAAGUAAAGCAAAUGUACACAAUUACGCAUUUUGGAAAAAAAAAACAAUGGACAUAAAAUCGUGUCAUCCAAGCAAGCAUUAAAAGCAAAUAAAAUGAGCUGGUGCUGGCAUAGACAAACAGCGCCUCCAAAUUGCUUUGGUCAACGACUAUUGUAGUCAACAGCUUCCGAAGUCA